GAAAGACACUCGUACCGUAAAUGAUAUAUAUCUGCCAGUGUUUGGCAGAUAUUUGGCAUUCCUAAUGGACGAUUUUAUUUCACCACGUAAACCUACUGAAAAAAGUCAACGCAGCCGCUCAUAUGACUCGGACGAGCAUGAACGAGGCGCAUGCGAGUGGUGCGAGUAUGCGCUGGUCAUCACGCUCGCUACCAUCCUGCUCAUCGGUGUCUCCGCCCUCACCGUAUUCUGGGUAUUCUUCUACCGGGAGGGCUAUGCCUGGGCUGAUGACAUCCCCGAGAAGCAGUUCAACCUGCAUCCCACCUUGAUGGUUGCUGGCUUCAUUACUUUUAGCGGUUUCUCGGUGCUGUUGUACCGCAUCUGCCGCUGCUUCCGUCGUAUCUACGUGAAGCUGCUGCAUGCCAUCUUCCACGCGCUCGCGUUCCCCUGCAUCGUAAUCGGCUUCCUCGCCGUCCUCGACUACCACAACAAAAAGGGCAUCAACAACUUUUACUCUCUGCACAGCUGGAUUGGCUUUGUCGCUAUGGGACUGUUUGGACUUCAGUACGCAGUCGGCUUCUUCAGCUUCCUUCUGCUGUUGAUCUGCAACAAGGGUACCGCUGGCUUUCGCGCUUCACUCGUGCCGGUGCACGCUGCCUUCGGUGUCCUGACCUUUGUCCUCGGCGUCGCUGCUUGCCUCACCGGUCUUACUGAAAAGGCCAUCUUCACCCUUGGGAGCGAUACGUAUGCAUCGAUGUCGCAAGAGGCGAUUGUGAUCAACGCCAUCGGGAUGUCGGUGGUGGCGGUGGCUGUUCUGGUGCUGUACACAGUGCGCGGCACCGGCGGCUACCGACUGCGGCCAGUUGCGCAGCACCCCAGCUAAGCGCCCAACGACCGCCUCAACCGCUACAUCGACGACCAUGAACGACUUUUGGACACAUACGAGAUGAUUUGUCAUACAAUAGAUUUCAAGUCUAGAGUGGUCAAUAUCUGAGUAGUUUACCUUAUUACGAACUUGCCAAACCUAACUGAAAAGUAGACGUUAUUCAUUACAUCCAUGAGUAUAACAAACAUUUUGAACAUUAGUUAUGGUUGCAUAUCUUAAAAUCCAAAAGAUGAAAUCGCACAACUUAAAUGGUUACUCGAUCAUGUUGGUAUGUAUCAUGUUGGUAGGAAAUAGGUAUCUGAAUCUAUCUACGGCUAUUCUAGAUAUGUGGACAUCUAGAUCUAAAGUAACUCUUGACUUGAAGUCUAUCGUUUACAAAAGUAUUAAACGACUGUCUAUAAACAAAAAUGGUUCUUUACAACAUACUAUUUUAAUUUAUUAAUGUAAAAUUGGAAUAACAAUUAUUGUUAUAUUUUAAAGUUCUAUUUAUAUCCCAUGAUUUUUUGUGGAUUCUCACUAAAAUAUUUAAUUAAUAUAUGUGUUAAUCUAAACAAUCAAUAUUUUAAAUGUUAAAGCAUUUAAAUAUAACCGUUAAUAAAGGUUAUAAUAGUAUAUGGAUAUUUGUGUGCAUAAGUAUUUGAAGAAAUUGCAAGUUUGUAUGGUUAGUAGACCGAACCAAAACAGAACACAUGAAAAAUAUCGUUUUUGAAUACACCGCGUUUGUGUAAUUUAAAAACCAUUUUAAUUAUAAUUACUGUGAGUUGAUUCCGUCUUGCUAAAUUAUUGAGAUUGGUAUUAUUAAAAUAAUUUCUAAAUUAAAAUUUUUCAGCACAAUGUAUUGCUUAAUUUUUAUCUGAACCGUAAUCCCAGUUUUAUAUUUUAAAUAUUAAUUCAGAUAAAAUAUAAUUAACAUUUCGAGUCCAUUCCAGUCAUUGUUCUGUAGUCAUUCGA